GUCACCAACUAUAUUUGGAAUAAUCCUAUGCCACACACAACAAAUGGUCCACGGUGCAAUGAGCAGGAAGAACACAAAUUCCACUUCCAUAGCAUAGCAUAAUUGCUACAUAUAUACACACACACAUAGCAUUACCUUGAUCAAUUCUGUGGUAUAUAUCAAAAUAUAGUUUUAAAAUGGGAAGCGCAAAAAUUUCUCUUCCUCUAUAUGAAAGAAUUUCUCUCAAAAGUAGCAUAAAAAAUGCUUUCGACAUCAUAAUCCUCACCCUCCUCCUCUCUAUCCUCCUUUAUCGUCUCCUCUCCCUGACAAACCAUGGUUUUUCUUGGGUCCUGGCUUUCCUAUGCGAGCUUUGGUUUACUUUCUGCUGGCUCAUGAUAAUGAACAUCAAAUGGAGCCGUGUUAGAUACAAAACCUACCAAGACCGCCUCUUGCAAAGGGUGGCCGAGCUUCCACCUGUGGAUGUGUUUGUGACAACAGCGGAUCCAGUUCUGGAACCACCGAUCAUCACCAUAAACACGGUGCUGUCUUUGUUAGCAGUUGAUUAUCCAGCUCACAAGCUAGCUUGCUACGUUUCGGACGAUGGUUGUUCCCCUCUCAUCCUCUACUCUCUCAUCCAAGCGUCCAACUUUGCCAAGCAAUGGAUUCCAUUUUGUAAGAAAUAUAAUAUUCAACUUAGAGCUCCUUUUAGAUACUUCUCCAAUAGAAACUAUUCCACCUCAUCCCGUGAAAAUUCAAAAGAGUUCCUUCAAGAAUGGAAACUUGUGAAGGAUGAGUACGAAAAGCUUCGCCACAAGAUAGAGAAUGCUGCCCAAAAACCAACGCCAUGUGAACUUAGCGGUGAAUUUGAAGCUUUUGCCGACAUUGAAAGAAGAAAUCAUCCAACCAUAAUCAAGGUAAUAUGGGAGAACAAGGAAAGACUCUCAGGUGGGCUUCCACAUCUAAUUUAUAUUUCCCGAGAGAAACAUCCAAAGCAUCCACACCACUAUAAAGCCGGGGCCAUGAAUGUUUUGACGAGGGUCUCUGGGUUGAUGACGAAUGCUCCAUAUAUGCUGAACGUAGACUGCGACAUGCAUGCCAACAAUCCAAAACUUUUUCUUCAUGCAAUGUGUUUCCUUCUUAACUCCAAGGGCCAAAACGACCUUGCAUUUGUUCAAUUUCCACAGAUCUUCUACGAUGGGCUAAAGGAUGACCCAUUUGGCAACCAGUUGGUCGUUCUAUUUGAGUAUAUGGGAAAGGGAGCAGCAGGACUUCAAGGAGCAUUUUAUGCGGGAACAGGAUGUUUUCAUAGACGAAAAGUCAUAUAUGGUGCGUCUCCAUAUGAUAAACAAACUAGAAGACCAAAAUCUACAGCUAUAAAUGAAAAUAUGACUGGCGAGGAAUUAGUUCAAGUUUUCGGAAGCUCAAAGGAGUUCGUGGAAACAGCCGCUGAUGCUUUGAAAGAACAACCUGCAGAUCAUGCGCAGGGUAUUAGGAAAUCCAUUGAAGCUGCCUACCAAGUUGCCGGCUGUAGAUACGAGUAUGGUUCUAGGUGGGGUUCCAAGGCGGGUUGGAUAUACGGAUCCACAUCAGAAGAUAUCCAAACUGGGUUGAGCAUCCAUGCAAGAGGUUGGAAAUCAGUAAUUUAUUUUCCGGAACCACCGGCCUUUCUAGGAUGUGCACCUACUAGUGGGCCAGAUUCUUUGACCCAACAGAAAAGGUGGGCCACAGGCCUACUUGAAAUCCUAAUCAGCAAAAACUGCCCGAUAAUUCAUACUCUUUUUGGCAAUCUCCAAUUCAGACAGUGUUUGGCUUACUUGUAUCUCCUAUUCUGGGGCUUCUGCUCGAUUCCUGAACUCUGCUAUGCUAUUCUACCCGCGUAUUGUCUUAUCACAAACUCUAAUUUUCUGCCCAAGUUAGAAGAAACAGCCUGUUACAUACCAAUUGCUCUAUUUGUCAUAUUCAAUCUAUACAAUCUGCAAGAGUACAUAGCAACCUCCCAGUCCAUCAAAGCAUGGUGGAAUAACCAGAGAAUGGGGCGGAUAAUAUCAACAAGUGCAUGGCUUUUUGGGGUAAUUAGGAUGAUACUAAAACUUUUAGGAAUAUCGGAGACAGUCUUUGAAGUCACACAAAAGGACCAAUUUGCGACCGACGAUGACAAUGAUGGUGUCGAUGCCAGAGCUGGAAGAUUCACCUUUGAUAAGUCUCCUAUUUUUGUGCCGGUGACAACCAUUUUGCUGGUGCAGUUGACAAGUCUGGCAAUAGGAUUGCUUGGGUUGAGACCACCGGCUGAUGGCGGGCAAGGGUCAGGGCCACUAGAGAUCGUUUGUAGUGUGUGGUUAGUGCUAUGCCUUUGGCCAUUUUUGAAAGGGAUGAUUGGGAAGGGAAAAUAUGGGAUUCCUUUAUCUACCAUGAGCAAGUCUUCUGCUUUGGCAUUGACUUUUGUAUACUUGUGUAGAAGGUCGACUCAAAUGGGUUGAUAAAUUGGUCAUGAAAUAAUAUAUAUUGAUGUACGCGUGCUUUCUCACAUUAAUUACAUGGAAUUAAUAUGGUUUUGUAUACACCAAUUAAUCAUUGAUCUUAUCAACUUUGAAUGAAUAUUUGUGUUUGAACUUUGGUGAAUGAAAUAUUA